AUGUACCCUUUUCGCUUUGCAACCAAACUGCUAGAGCCAAGCAAGCUUUCCUUGAUUCACGGAAGCCCUGUCCAUCAGAAAAAUCACUUGAUUUGUCAGAAUUUUACACACAAUUCCUCAUGGAACACAGAAGCAAACAUUUACGGUUCAACUUCGAGUGGUACCGUCGAAUUCUGCGCAUCACUAUCCUUGGGAUGUUGGUCGAACUUCAAACGGCUCUACAAAAGUCUAGGACACUUCUACGUCAGCUCCGAAUGCCCACGGGGAACUGAGGCAAGUGUUCGUUUCACCCUACACUUGCUUCGCAUUGACGCAAACUUCCAGCAAGAAUGGAGAUCGUCCACCCGAUUCUCCCUACUUCCAUAUCACGCUUCGGCACUGGCUUGUCAGAUUUUCCUAUGUACAUAUAAUAGGUGUUCUUCCAAAAUACACUUGUCGGCGGGAUACUCCAUCAUGAUUGAUACACAUUGCCACUUGUGUGAUUCCGCUUUUGACACUGAUCUCGAUACGGUUGUCGAUCGAGCCGUUGCAACCGGUGUUUAUGGGGCCUUGGUGCUGACUGAAGAUCGCCAAGAUAUGUCAACGGCGUUGGACUUGAAAGCACGUUUUCCUGAUUGGGUCAAUUUGGGCUUUGGUAUUCAUCCUCUCCAACAAAUGAGCGAUGGCCGAUCCCGGUCCAGGACUAUCACUCCUGAGGAGUUAUAUGAAGCUCAAGAUUUCAUCACAAAGCACUCAGAUCAGCUGAUUGCUGUUGGAGAACGUAGACUCUUGGUUUCACAAAUUCGUCUGGCACGCCAACUGGACCUUCCGCUUAACGUACAUUCGCGAUCGGCCUCGAAACCCACAAUCGAGCUGCUUAAACUUGAAGGUGCUACUCGUGUCCAAAUGCACGCGUUUGAUGGCCGUCCUUCACAUGCUCUGGCAGGAGUGGCAGCUGGCUUCUACUUCUCUGUUCCACCCUGCGUGUAUCGCAGUAAGCAGAAGCAAGAACUUGUGAAGGUUCUUCCGUUGACGAGUCUUCUCUUGGAAUCCGACGCUCCUGCUCUUGCUGCUGUAGCCGGAGACCGUAACGAGCCCGCGGAGAUUCUGAAGUCGUGUCAGUUUAUCGCCGACGCGAAAGGAACAGAUGUAGACACUGUUCGGCGGGUCACUACAGAGAACGCACUAAAAUUGUAUCCAAAAAUGAUCAUGAAGUGUAUUUCUUAA